AUGUGCAUUUGUCAAGAUUUAACAAUUCCUGGUGCGAAUGGUCUUGAGCCAAACGAAUGUCCCGGGGACUGCCCAAAGAGUCCAUAUUGGACAAAGCUCUACUGGUCAGAAGAUGAAGGCUGGUUCUGUCUUCCCCAGGGUGCGUCAUACCAUUGGGACCCCAACACCUGCCGAGAUCAAGUUCAAUGCCCGGAUCAGUUCGGAAACUGGCAAACAGUCGAUUCAAGCUACGAUUUUCAACCCUAUAAAAGCAUCGGAAAAUGUUCUGUUUGUCCCCCUGGUUUCCGAGAAUUCGAAGUCUUCAACGGAAUCGAGUGCUGCCCUGGGCAAUCAACGUACAACGAGACUCUUGGGACUUGUUUCUGCCAGGAUGGGGUCAACAAGCCAGACAUGUUCACUAACGAAUGUCCUGGAGACUGUCCAGCUGGAACAACUCUCGGCUCAUUGUAUCCUGAAAUCACUUGCUGCCCUCCUGGAACAUCUUUCGUUGACAACAACGGCUUUGUCGGCUGCGCUUGCGAUAACCUCUCUCCCCCGACCGCACCAGAUGUUGACGGCAACUGCCCAUUUUGCGCAACAAAUCAUCACAAACAAAAGAAAGACAACGGCGUAGAAGUUUGUUGCCCAAAAAAUCACGUGUGGAGUGACAUCAUGCAAAAGUGUGCCUGUCCAAAUGGAGCGGAAGACCAAGGCUACGGUUGCCCAGGAGAUUGCCCUACUGGAGAAUAUCUUUAUGGCUACAGUCUUGACGGUGACAGUCUUUGCUGUCCCGUUGGCUCGUGGUUUGACAACAGCCCUUGUGAACAACGAUGCAGAUGCGACUAUGGAUGGAAUGGUGGAACUGGCCCGGAACCGAAUGCAGGAGAUACACCUCAUCCUGAACGCGGCUGUUACUACUGCUCGUCAGAGUUGGUUCCUUUCGUCAGUACAGCUUCGGAGGAAGUGUUUGCUUGUGCCAAGACGGACAACCGCCUGGUCCUCGGGGAGAGUGCUACGGUGAAUGCGAUCCUGGCUUCUAUCUAUCGGAAACCUGGAAUCCCGAUUUACAAAAACGUUAAAUCAUGCUGUCCUGUUGGAUCUGAGCUUCAGUAUAAUAGUCCUGCGUUGGUUUGCUUCUGCACAAACAGUGGUAACGAAGCCACAUCAAUGAACUCUUGCACCGGCUGCGCUCAAAAUGAAGUUCCCUUUUGGAUGAAUCACGACGACACAACUUGCUGCCCAGAAAACAGAAGAUAUUUCAAUUUUGCCGGAUGUCAGUGUUCAGAUGGAUCGAUGCCGCACGGAUGGACGGGAUGUGAUGGCGACUGUCCUGCUGGUUGGUAUCUUGCCGGCCCAGCUCCAGAGAGAGAGUGCUGUCCUAUCGGAUCCGAUUAUGACAAUGACCUGAAAAAAUGUAUUUGCCAAAAUGGGAACUACAUUAAUAUGGAGCCACAAAUAGUUAACGGUGAAUCGACUUGUGGGAUUUGUCCUCAAUCUAUGACUGUCCACUACGACAACGGAAAGAACAUCCACUGCUGCGGUCAGAAUCAUCAAUUCGACGGACAAUCUUGCGUUUGUAAGAACGGAGACCCUCCCGGCGCUAAUGGCGAAUGCAAUGGUGAUUGUCCACCGGGAACUACGUACCAGUCGAAUGAAUUCGGAGUCAUUUGCUGUCCAAACGAUGGUUUCACCGGCUUCAACAACAUGAACGGUAUCUGCAUGUGCGAAAACGGAAUCGAAGCUGACAUGGAAAACUACGUCUGUCCGCCAUGUCCCGAUGGCUUAACUUCCUUCACCGAUAUGUAUGAUAAUAUCCAAUGUUGUCCAGCGAAUCAGCACUGGAGUGACAAUCAAAUGGGUUGCGUCUGCUCUGAUGGACAAUACCCAUUCGGAGACGGCCAAUGCAACGGGGACUGUCCAUGGCUCUUCAAUUUCGCCAAAAAUACGCCAGAGCUUCUUUGCUGCCCAGCUAACUCAUUUUACGACCAAGAUCGCGAGAAAUGCAUUUGCAACCCGCCAGGAAUGUUCUUGGAUGCAGGAAUUUCGCCAGACCCAGACACACAUUUGUGUCCAUAUUGUGGAUCUUUCGAUACAAUGUACGAAGGAAAAAAUGGUCCCAUGUGCUGCCCAAAUAAUAUGGUUUAUGAUGAAAUUAACGACGGAUGCACCUGUCCAGACGGAUCACAGUCAUGGCCGACCAAUUAUGGGCCUCCUCAAUGUCCAGGUGAUUGUCCGGCAGGAGAAUACCUUGCUCACAGGACGCUGGACGAAAAAUUUUGUUGCCCAGUUGGCUCAACCCCGACUAUCAAUGGAUAUGAUGAUGUAACUUGCACCUGUUUUGAUAAUAACCCACCAGACCCUGUCAAUGGCUGUCCAACACCAUGUGGUCCCGGCCUAGUACCUUGGGAUGAUUCUUACAACGGCAAUCAACAGAUUGCUUGCUGUCCUCCAGGAAAAAUCUGGUAUCCUUGGCGAAAUGAGUUCAUGUGCAAUGGAGAAUAUCUCGGCUACAACAAUGCCUGCGAAGGCGACUGUAGCCCAGGCUGGUACAAAUGGAGCGAGGAUCUGUGUUGCGCUGUUGGUGGAAGUAUGAUGUGGGACGGCUCAGCAGAUGUUUGCAAAUGUCCCGGCGGAACGUCUCCAAACAGUGAGACCGGCUGUGGUUUCUGUUCAAACAAAGAAAUUGCAUACAGAAAAAGGGAUGGUAGCGAAAUCUGCUGCCAAAAGAAUAUGAAGUUCAACUACCAGUCGGAUCAGUGCGAAUGCGAGGGUCAACCACUCACCCCGACAUUCUCGCCAGCGACUUGCAAAGGCGAUUGUCCAGUCGGGAAAUGGAUCCAGUUCAAAGAUAGCGGAGAGAUGAUUUGCUGCGCAAUUGGUUCUUGGUGGGAUGUAAGUUUUCAAAAGUGCAUGUGCCCCGAUCAAAAUGAAGCCGAUCCAGACACUGGUUGCUCUAUGUGUGCUGUUGACGAGCAAAUAUAUUUCGACAACAGUGGAAAUACCCGAUGUUGCCGUACAAAUCAAUACUUUGAUCUCUCCUGGGACGAGUGUCGCUGUAUGGAUGGUACACGCCCAUAUAACUCGCAAUGUCCAGGAGACUGUGAGCUCGGAGAAGUUAUGGAGCAAUUCUAUCCCGAGAAAAUUUGCUGCCCUAUUGGAGCAUACUGGAAUGCAAAUGCAGAAGAAUGCAUCUGUUUCAAUGGCGCACUGGUCGACAACCGUUGCGAAGUUAAUGAUUGCGCACAGAUGGAUAUUGCUUUGAUUACUGCUGACGGAGUCCGAUGCUGUCCAAAAAAUCAAAUCUGGCACGAGGGAAAUUGUAGAUGCCCAGACAAAACCAAUCCUGGAUCAAGCUACAACACUCAAGGUGGAAAUGGUGAUUACAAUCCCCAUCCACAAGAAUGCCCAGGAGAUUGCCCAUACGGCCAGAGGUUCUUUCUUGACAAUAAAGGUGAUAUUGUUUGCUGUCCUGGAGAAACUGGAUAUUCCGCAAUUACUGAUACUUGUACUUGUCCAAACGGUGGAACAUAUGAUUACGAAAAUAACAAAUGUCCAUACUGUAACAAUAACAGAGAGAAAGAAUGGACCGAUCCUAAUGGAAAUAAAAUGUGCUGCACAUUAAAUCAGGUCCUGACAGAUUACUCUUGCACUUGUGAAGACGGAAGUAAUCCUGAUCAAAAUAUGCAAUGCCCAGGCGAUUGCCCUCAAGAAGAAUAUCUUUCGGAUAUUCUGGGCGGCGAGCUAAUUUGCUGUCCAGUCGGAUCAUCAUUGCAAAUGAUGAACGGAGUGCAAACUGCCACAUGCAUCUGUGAUCAGACGGGCAAUGAGCCGGAUGUAGAGACAGGCUGCAAUCUUUGCAAUUCAAACCAAAUCGCAUUCCAGACCGGUGGGCAAUGGAGCGCUCACAAAUGUUGUGCAAGCAAUUUGAUCUACAGUCCAAAUGCCAAUGAUUGUACCUGUAGCAAUGGGUUACCACCAAACGGGGAUGGAAGUUGCCCAGGUGAUUGUGCAGCAGGAUUUUUCUUCGUUGGAGAAUACUCCGAGGUUAUUUGCUGCCCGUUAGGAAGUGCUUACAAUUCCGCUCUUGAGCAGUGUCAAUGCCCAGAUGGAAGUGAAGCUGGUGAUAGUCCUUGCCCUCUUUGUCCGACACACAUGUCAAGUCAUUGGACAUCAAAUGGAGAAGAAAAGUGCUGCUUUGCCCAUACUGAGUGGUCGGAAGAUCUCGACGAUUGUGCAUGUUCCGAUGGAUCUUUUUGGCCACAUCCGUUCCAGUGCUGCCCACUUGGAUCAGUCUUUGAGGAAGGCGAAUGCAAAUGCAGCGAUGGAGGACCUCUUGAUUCGACUUAUUGCGGACAAUGUCCCGAGAAUUCAAACGCAUUCUUGGACUUUGAUAAUGGAAUGACAAAGUGCUGCCCUGGAAAUCAAAAAUGGGUAAACGGUACUACGGGAUGCGUUUGCGAAGAUGAAUCGAUGCCAUUGGCAUUCGGCUCAUGCCCUGGCGAUUGCAAUGCUGGUAUGUAUCCUGCUGGAAUCGAUCUGAACAACACACUUAUUUGUUGCCCUGAUGGGGCUUAUCUUGACUCGGGUGAAUGUCUUUGCAAUAGUGGCAGCCCUGUCAUUAAUAAUACCUGUCCUCCCUGCUCUCCAAAUAGAUCGCCCUUCUACGACACUGCCGGGAAUUUAUUGGAAUGCUGUCUUAAUAGCCAAAAGUACAUAGAAGACACCGGCAAAUGUAUUUGCAAGGAUGAUAGUCUCCCCGGCUACAUGAGUGCAUGCCCUGGUGAUUGUGUGUCUGCUGACCUGUUUGUCGUCCAACAGGAUCCCGAGCUAAAAUGCUGCAAAGCUGGAGAGUACUACGAUCAAGUAGAUCAGGAAUGCAAAUGUCCGAACGGACAAUCAUACCAAAACAACAACGCUUGUGGAUACUGUGAUAUCAAUGUGGGCGAUGAUGGCGUAUUUAAUCCCGCUAUAAACAUAAGGAAACCCCAAAUUAAUCAUCAAUACUCGCUGGAGAUUGAUGACUGCAGAUGCCCGAAUGGCGACCCUUUUGAUCAAUAUGGAGGCUGUCCCGGCGAUUGCGACCCUGGACAGAUUCUUGGAUAUGUCGAUCCAACAGACACGUUAGAUCCCAUCAAAUGCUGCCCGGAGAACUCCUGGUAUGACAUGGCCGACAAACUCUGCAAAUGCAACAGUGGUUUCGCUAUAGUAAAUGAUACUUGCCCAUAUUGCCCUGAACACAAAGAUGUUUAUUUCGACGCGUCACAGAACCCCCGGUGCUGUCAUAAGAAUCAAAUGUUCGACCAAGGAGUUGAACAGUGUAUUUGCAAGUCUGACGGAAGCAUUCCAGGCUACAGCAUGAACUGUCCAAAUGAUUGUGAUGAAGGUGAAUGGCUUGGAUCGUUUGAGCCUCUCGAGUGUUGCGAAAUCGGAGCUAAGUGGACUUCCGAUCUUGGCUGUCACUGCACAAACGGAGCGCCUCUUAAUGGCACUGGCUGUGGCGAAUGCUCGGACAACGAAAUCGUUGGAUUUAAUAAAGACAACGGUGCAAUAAUUUGCUGUAAAUCAAAUCAAAUCUUCUCCAAUUCUCCUUACGAGUGUCUCUGUCCUGAGAACAAUUCUCCGCCAUGGCAGAAUGGUGAAUGCCCAGGUGAUUGUGAACCUGGCUUCUUUUUUGCCUCAAAUAUUGACGAAGUCCUUUGCUGUCCUAAUGACUCAAGCUACGAUUCGUGGAUGAAUUCCUGUAUCUGCAAUAAUGGUGGAAUUUACGAUCCAGAUACUGGCUGUCCGCCUUGUCCACCACCGACCGUCUUGCAGACAGAUAGUAAUAAUCAAACACAGUGCUGUCAAAUCAACCAAGUAGUAACAACCUAUGGCGCUUGUAUGUGCGAAGAUGGAAGUUAUCCUGAUGGGCCGAUGGGCUCUUGUGGCAACGAAUGCAUUGACUACGGAGAUGGUUACUGGCUUCAAAGUGUCUAUCCAACAAUUGAAUGCUGUCCGCUUAAUUCUUACUGGAGUGACACAGAUGGCAAAUGUUAUUGUCCAAAUGACCCUGCUGAGAUUCCUGAUGAAACUGGCUGUGGCUACUGUUCAAUCAGCCAACGAACUCAUCUUGAUCAAUAUGGCGUCGUGCAAUGCUGUGAGAAAAAUAAGGUCUGGUUCGACGAAGAUGACUACACGGUUGCUGGAUGUUACUGCAAAGACGGAUCCAAUUCAGAGCCAAAUGGAGAAUGUCCAGGCGAUUGUCCCGAGGAUAAAGUUUUCAUUCAAGCUUUCCCAAGGACGAUUUGUUGUGAAAUCGGAAGCGUUUAUGAUCCGAUCGGUGAUGAAUGCAUGUGCCCGAACGGAGAGGUUGUUGAUGAUACUGCCUGUGGCUUAUGCAGCGAUCCAGGAAUGAGAGCCUUAUUGGAUCAAAAUGAUGCUAUUCGUUGUUGCGAGAGAAACCAAAUCUGGAUUGCUGAUGAGAAUAAUCCUGCUGGUGGUCACUGUCGCUGUAAAGAUGGCUCGGAAGCUAUCAAUUUACCUCCAUCAUAUUUCCCGCAAUGUGGCGACGAAUGUGAAGAAGGAACGUAUUUCGUCGGGCCUAAUCAUCCGACUCUAGGAUGUUGCCCCUACGGAACUCAGUACAACUCGAUUACGGAUGAGUGCGAGUGCCCUAACAAUAAUGAAGUCGACGAUACUGCAUGUGGUCAAUGCAGUACAGACCAAAGAGCUCAUAUGGACGAAUUCGGAAACGUCAAAUGCUGUAAAAGAAACUUAUUCUGGUACGAUGGUGAUGAUACUGGGCCAGGCGGGUGCUUCUGUGAUAAUCGAACAGAACCCUUUUACGCGUCGAAUUGGUCGACUUACCAACAAUGUGAAAUCGAUUGCGAAGAGAACCAUGUCAUUCAAUUUGUCGAACCUUACGUCCAAUGCUGUCCAUUUAAUUCCGAAUGGAAUUACAAUUUAAAUAAAUGCGUGUGUGACAAUGGCGAUGAGCCAGAUGACAGAGCUUGCGGAAACUGUGCACAACCGGACCGAGCAAUCUUCGACUCUCUUGGAAAUAUCCAAUGCUGUCAGCGAAACUUGUUUUAUUUUGAGCAAGAUAUGUCGGGACCUCCUGGUUGUUUCUGUGCAGAUCGUUCUCAGCCAUUGUAUCUCACCAACUCGAUGUAUGGAGAAUGCCCGAAUGAUUGCGGAGAGGGUGAAUAUUUCGUGCGUCCCGACCCGAAAACAAUUUGCUGUCCACUCGGAGCAGAAUACGAUAAUCAAACAAAAACAUGCAAAUGCAAGUUUGAUGAGCCUAUGGUCGAUGGUAAAUGUCCCGUCUGUCCGACAGGGCAAAAUCCACAUUUGGAUAGCUCUUUCAUGAUUCAAUGUUGCGAUGAAGGAUUCAUUUGGAUUGACAGCUUGCCAACCAUGAACAAAUGCGCUUGUCCUGGAGGAUCAACAACUCUUCCUUGCCCGCCGCUGAUACAGCCGGAACAAUCACUCUGUCCUGGAGAUCUUCAAUACAACUUCAACAAGGGCGAAUGCGAAUGCUGGGACGGACAAGCUCCAGUCGACGGGGAAUGCAAUUCGAACACGUGCCAAGAUGGCGAAACAGCUUACAACAAUCGCUUCGGCGAUAUCAUGUGCUGUCCGAAAAACACAUAUUUCAAAAAGGAUCGAGACAUGUGUGUGUGCACGGGCGAUUUACUGCCAACACCUAAUGGCGAUUGUCCAGUGUGUGCUCCUCAAGAAACUCCAUACGUUUACAAUGAUGCUGCUGGCUGCUGCCCCGAGAAUUCUUACUUUGACCAGGGUAUGCUUCAAUGCAAAUGCUUCUUUGAUAGUACGAUUGUUGAAGAAAAUACAGGUUGUUCGCCAGCUUGCCCGCCCCAUCAAAUUUUUUUCAAAGACGGUGGUUGGGGUAACUGUGAGGACUUCUGCCAGCAAGGCCAGAUUUACAACUCCGAUUCAAAUACGUGCCUUUGUCCAGAGGGACAUAUCGUCGGCAAAAACGAGCAAUGUCCCGGAACUCCAUCUAAUUGCAAUUUCGAUUUCCAUCCAAUUGAAACCGAAAAUGGACAGGUGUGCUGCCACAAAGAUGCUCAUUACAGCCCUGCUCACGAACGAUGCAUCUGUAACGAUGGCUCCGAGCCAAACGCCAACCAAGUUUGUUCCUCAUCGUGUCCGGAUGGCCUUGUCUACGCCAUGUACGCUCAAUCUAGCAAAAUGGCAUGUCUCUGCCCUGACACUUUCCAGUAUCCGAACGUCGAUGGUAUUUGUCUUUCCUCGAUUUGCAGGACGAACGACGUUGUCAUCAAUUUCGAGGACGGUUCGUUCGCGUGCUGCCCUGUCGGAUCUACAUGGAGCUCAAAAUGGAACAUGUGUAUUUGCAUCCAUCAAGGAACACUCGGACAAUGCGGCGAGAAAUGCCCAGAUGGACAAAUAUCUGUUUACAACGACUUUAAUGCGGAAACGGAAUGUCAAUUCGUUUCUCCCUGUCAACCAGGGGAGAUUCAAGAUCUCGCCGGAAACUGCUGCCCUCAAGGAGAAGUUUACAACGGCGAUUAUCUAAUUUUGGAAAAAUAA